AUAAGACCCGAUACCCCACCUACGCCUCGGUUGCUGAUUGGCGUUACGCAGGUAUCCAGCUAUUAUUUAUUACCCCAAAGCUUGGACGCCUCAUUUAUCCUGACCGGAUCUCACUGAAGGAUCUAUCCGCUCCCACUUUACUCUGCACCGGGGUGCGCGCUGCUGACACUUUAUCCACAGUAUCUGCUCGACAAAAACAGGUGGUGCUGGAAAAAUGAGGACACAUUUGCUGCUGGUGACCUUGUUCCUCAUCAUGAAACUUCGAUACAGCCAGUCCAGAUGCGAGGAGCCAGGAUCGCGCAGUUCAGCUUCAGAUCUGCAGCAGAGCGCAGGUUUGGACACCCUCAAGCGGACCAUUCUGAAGAGGUACAGCGAUUUGGAUUACGACAGCUUUGUGGGUCUGAUGGGCAGAAGAAAUGCGGAUGCAGAUCCUGUACAGCCACAGCAAAAAAGGGAAAUGAAUGACAUUUUUGUUGGUCUCAUGGGAAGGAGAAACUCAGAGCCCGAUAAUGGUCCCUGGAGGAGAGAGUACCCAGAGAGGAGAGGCAUUUUUUUCAACAAGUGCAGGCUGAGGUUUCUUCAGGGGCUGUAGACGUGAACUCCGAAGCAACUCCCACAUCUCGCAUCAACGACAGAAGCUCACAGCGGACACAAACAAUGAACCAAACGUCUGACGAAGACGACUUAAUGAUUCACAAUGUAAACCUGCCAGCUGGCUCAUGAAAGUGACCAUCAAACUAUACAGAUUGUAUUUGUUUUACCUGAAGACAAGGCAUAAUUAGAAGUGACAGCUUAAUAU